CCCAAUCUCCUCAUUCAUCCGCACACCCGUCGACCGACCAGCAGUGUCACGUCAGCUGCCACUGAGGAGGGCGUUGUAGAAGUCGGCCACGACCUGAGCCACCUCGUCGGCCUUAUCCACCAUACACAGAUGGCUUGACGCCUGCACACACACGCGCACACACGUGGACAGAGUAGGUGAUCAUUCACGGGUGUAGGCUGCCCUGCGUCUGCCUGACCAGGAUGAUGUGGUGUUUGCAAAUGUGUUUGGGGUUCCUUUCCUUGACGCCCGUGAAGAGCCCCGCCUGACGCUCAACAGUGGCCGGCGACGGCCCGCUGUCCUCCUCACCUAAUUGAAUGUCGCCAGACACAAACCAAUGACACGCACACACGCACACACAUCGGUACGUGUAGCCAGCUGUCUGUGUUUCUGUCGCUUACCGCCGAUGAGCAACGUGGGGCACUCUAUCUCCCGCAGCCGGGGCUCAAGGUCCGACCGCAUCAGAAUCACCGACCGCCACGCCGUCAGCAUCCCACCUGUCGCCAUUUUCCGUGUCAUAUCGUGGAUGAAGUCCGUGUACUUGGCCGCAGAGGCUGCCGGGAGGAACGCCCGCGCCACUUGCGACGCGAAGAACCGUGUGUGGCCCGUUGUCUUGAUGAGCGCUGGCAUCAUAUAGCCUCCAAAGAAUGACGACGAGCCGCCGUCAAGGGAUGAGCUCAUGAUCCACAGCUGCUCGACGAGAGAGGGCCGCUGCAAGGCGCAAUGGACGGCGGUGUGGCCGCCCCACGAGCAGCCGCAGAAGAUGCCUUUGGUGACGUCGAUUGAGUCGAGCAGCUCACACACGGCCGUGGCCUCGUCUUCGAGAGAGAAGGGCGUCCUGAGUGGGUCACUUUGGCCAUGUGAGGCGUGAUCAAUCAUCACCGCCCGGAAAGGCGUUGGGAACUCCGACGCGACGAGCGCCUGCAGCCCAGAACAGCAUCAUGCAGAUCAGCAGGCAGGCAGACACAUGGAUGGAUCUCUCUUUCUGACCUCGAUGAAUGGAGUCCACAUUGCAGAGUCACAGAGAAUUGAAGACUGCACAUCAUCACAAGAACCGCACAAGAAAUCCAUUACAGAAGACUCAGAUCAUCUGUCAGAAUGAAGCAGGAGCGCUCCUCUCUGCCUGACCAUGAACACGAUGGUCGGUGCUUCCCCAGCCGACUCCAUGGCUCCACCUGUGGCUCCAGCGUUGUGAUGUGCACAAGCGUCGACUCGGAUCUCAUAGUACAGCCUUCCCAGUUGAGGCUUGCUGCUGGAAGAGAAGAAAGGCAUAUUCGGA